CAACUGAACGUUUUUAUUGCAAGGUUACAGAAAUGCUGUACUUUAUGCACACCGCGUGCAAAGCAUCAACUCCUGAGGACCUGACAGAAGCUGUAAGAAAGAGCAGAUGAUUCUUUCAUAACAUGUCCUUCUUUUGAUUGUUAAAUUGUGUGACAGAUGACUUCAAUCAGAGUAAUAGUAGUAGAGAUGGUUUUAAUACUUCAACAUUUCAGGAUGGCUUAUGAUUAGUGUCACGAUGGGUCAGUUAUGGACACCAAAAUAUACAAUUUCCAGUCACUCAAUUUGAACACAAAAUGCUUUCCUAUAGUUAUUAAGCUGUAUAUACUCGGAAGCUCCUACCCAUCCACAUCUGACAUUGCGACCUCUUUUGGAACCCAUUUGGAACAAAUCUAAAUCCAAUCCUGGUGGCAGACAGUUUUAGCAGUACCCUGUGUACCCAGAUCCCCAUUUCAGGGCUAUAGAGGUAUCUGUGGUCUCAGACAGAGGUAAUCUUGUCUAGCCCUGUCUCUCCCCCUGAAAGAGGAGCUCGGGAGAGGGGAUCCGCAGUCGCUGGGAUACCCUGAGGAAGAUGACCCGCCGAAGGCUGAUCCACGGUGGGGCCAGGGCUGUGGAGGGCCCCUGGCACGGUGUGGGGGCUCUGGGGGACGUAGUGCCCGGGGAGCGACCAGUCAUGCCCAGCACAAGGAGAGUCAGCUACCCACCAGCUGAAUUGCUAUCUUCUGCAGGUCCACCACCCCUGGGCAAGCCCCGCGCUCUGCCACAUUUUAAGCCAAUGAGUAACUGCAGAACGUACCAGACUGAUGCACUCUGGAAAGAAGGUCUUAAUCGCUCUGCCCCCUCGGUCUGUAGCUCUGUCCUGAUUGAUAAUGUGAUCGAGGAGCUAGACAGCGACGAAGACAGAGAGUCAGCUAACACCCUGUCCCCUCUCCCACACCACAAUCCACCCCUCCAGCCCCGGACUCUCACCCCUCCCUGCAUGGCUGCAUUCCAUCUCUCCAUGGGUAACUACCACCAUUCCCCUGGAACUCCUCCGCGGUUCCGGAGCUACAGCGUCAGUCCCCGGGUGCGCACGGCUCCCCCCAGCCCCAUGCAGCAUCGGCGGGUAGAUGAGAUGCCUCUCAACCCCCCUGUGGAGCUGGCUAAGCAGAAGAGCCUGGAUGAGUUGAGGUCCACAGUGCAGCAGGCUGCCAGCUCUAUGGAGCGCAGCACCAAUGAUGUCCGGCUGCUGGGGCAGAAGAUGGCCGCCGCCACAGAGCGCAUGUCUGAGAGUGUCCAGGAGAAUGCCCAGGCCCUGACACUGCUGGCCCAGGUGGUGAGCAGACUGCAGACACUCAUCGCUGCCAGCAGGGCGGUAGCAGAUACACCGGAACCACACAGAGGAACCAGCAGCAGUAGCCUGCCAGUCAACAUAUCAGCCAGGGUACAAGAACACACAGCCAGCAGCUUGAAGACUCAGACGUCCCUUUCACACCAGUCCAGAGUAUGCUCCCUGAACACCUCUUCCUCCUCCUCCAGCUCCUUCACUGGCUCUAUGGAUGGCAUAUCCACAUCCCAGGGGAAGAUCUCUCAGCCUCGGCCCCCAGCCUGUAAUGGGUCACCCAAAGCAGGGUUGAAGACCAGGGUUCCGCCUAUGUCUCCCAAAAAGCAUGUUGGUGCUUCCCCCACAUCUCAAAAGAAGCAUGUGGAGCCCCAGCAACCCCACCUCUACAACAGCCUCUCAACACCUCCACCACCUGCCCCACCUGCCCCCAACCACAACAAGACUGGCUGCUGCUCCAGCUCCAGCCAGGGGAAGAAGAAGAGGAAGUGAACCAGCCAGGAGGACAGUGGUGCUCUGGUAUCUUCAGGGGAUCUUAUAUUCCUCUGCUUCAGGGAAUGGUCCUCUCCUCAAGAUUCCCUCAGAGAUCUCGGCUUCAAAAGGCAUUUAACCUUCUGUUAUCUUCGUCACCAUCAUGUCGCCCCCCCCAUUCAUCCCACAAUUGUUAUGUGUUGGCUAUGUUCAUUGUUGCGUUUCCAUCCUCAAGCAAUCCGUCUGUGUUUCAUGCUACUCUGUUUCCCGAAUGUCAUCUGUUAUUUUCACAUUAUUUCAUUUUGUAAUUGUAAAUAAAGC